UCUGGUCAUGAUCUUUUCCGCCUUGCGUCGGAGGUGGUUGAGCAAGACGCGAGGGAAACGGAGCCGUUGGAAGGUGUUACUGCGUGUUGCAUUUCCUCCUCAAGUGCUCUGAGGAAGAAACCAAUGACCACGCCUUCUUUGGUUCCAUUGUUGUGGGCAGAGAAAUAAUGUAUGAAAUCAUCUUUAUUUUUGGGCUUUCUGUAUAUAGAGAACACAGGGCCGUCAGGACUUGUAUGGAUUAAGGUGUCGAGAGGAAACUGUUCCUCUUCGGUGGUGAACUGUAUGGAGGGGUGCACUGCACUUAGUCUGUGGAGGUCUUGAAGGUUUGUCCUGGUCGGCACUACAACAAAGAUGUCAUCUACAUAGCGGAGCUAGACUACAUUAUUCCCCACAAAAAUAGGGGAAACCAGAGAAAGCGGAAAUAGAAAAGAAAUAGAGGGAAAGAGAUAGGGGCGGAGAUGGAGAAGAAGGAGAUGGGUAGAGCGAGGGAGUCGACACCUUGCCUAAUGCAAGCGCUCGCUUCCCCCAGGUACCGCCCAGCUGAUGUACGUGGUGUUCGUGAUGGCGAUGACGGUGGUGGCGACUAACCUCAUGGUAGGACUGGCAGUGCAGGACAUCCAGGAGCUCCAGAAGGAGGCCGGCGUCCGUCGCCUGGCCCUGACGGUGGAGCAGGAGGAGGCGGUGGACCGAGUGCUGCGGUCGACGCUGCUGAGCUCCCUCCUGCCCGCCGCCGUCGCCUCGUGGCUGCGCAGGAGGUUCUCUCUACUCUUCCACCUGCCGCCACGGCAGCUGCUCUUCCACACGCCGGGGUAUCACGUGAAAACUCUGCUGGGUUCUGAGUGGAGCGGACCAGCAAACAAGUACAACAUCUUCAUCUGUCCGAACGACCGCUUGAACCCCGGCCAGGUAUACUGCAGCAUGAAGACCAACACGCUGGUACCGACGGGGUACUUUCUGCCAUCAUGGGUCCUCAAAAACACGAGAAACCUGCUCGAUAUUUGCGGUUUCGCAGAGCAUAACAAAGAAAAUGACAUCAUUGAAGACAAUCAAGACGAAUAUAACGUUAAGAAAGAAGCUAUUAGUCUGGAAGCACUUCAAGAGCAAAUGAGUGAUCUGCAGGAGUCCGUUCGCCACAUAACACAAAUGUUACAAAAAAUUACUGAAGGAAUAUAGCAAUACAAUGUA